UGAGGGCAUUAGGACCAGGAGAAAGACGCACACAUUGCUUUGUAUUAUGUCUGGCAAAGUGCUUCCUGACUGAGUGCUGGAGCUAUGUGUGAAGCAAAGGCAGGGAUCGACUAGUUCUCAUCUGUUGAUCACAGUGAACUUGAAGCCUCAGAUGGGGGAAAGCUGUCAGAUCUGCUCUCAGAGAUAAGGCACAUGAAACCAGACAGCUGUGGGAAACUUUGAAGAAGCAGGAAAUACUCUGGAGGGAAACUGUUAGAAAUGCGAUUUGUUUCUACCUAGAAUUUAAAAAGAAAAAACUCAAAACUUAAGCUAUUCCUUUCAUUUGCUUUGCUGACUGAGCCGGGACUCCAUAACAACGGACCUACUCUGUCUCACUGGAUCCAUGCUGCAUUUUACCACAUAUGUUCUUGAAGAAGAAAUGUAGAUAUGGAUCACGCAAGCUGCAGUUUCUGUUGCUGUUGCUGAUGCUGGGCUUUUUGCUGCUGAUGGUUACAAUGCUGAAUCCACCAGCCAGCAACCGGAGCAAGGACGGGACUUUCCAGCCUGUGGAAUUCAACCCUCGGGAAGGGCACCAGGUGGACUUUGCCGAGACCCAGGAGAUGCUGGAGACCCAGGAGGAGAGCCAGCAGUACUAUCCCAUGGACGGGCUGUCACCGUUCAUCUCCCUGCGGGAGGAUGAGUUGAUCGCGGCCGUCGUGUCCCCCACGGGUCGAAGGAACCACAGUAAGGCCAGGAAAGGCUAUCGAGUGGUGAAGCAGCAAAGCAGGCGGCCGGAGGCAAAGGAGGGAGACCCCGAGUCCCAGCUCCUGUCCCUGCCUCUGGGGGACGGCAACGGGGCUGCAACGGGGGAGCGGCCGCUCGGCUUGGAAACCCAUGGCUUUAACGAAGCGCUCAGCGAGCGGAUCUCUCUGCGCAGGGAGCUGCCUGAGGUACGACACCCGUUGUGCCUACAGCAAGAAUAUGACCCCAGCCUGCCUACUGCUAGUGUCAUCAUCUGUUUCCAUGAUGAAGCCUGGUCUACUCUGCUGAGAACAGUGCACAGCAUUAUUAACACAGCCCCAAAGACCUCCCUCAAGGAUAUCAUCCUAGUAGAUGACCUGAGCCAGCAAGGGCCCCUGAAGUCAGCCCUGAGUGAAUACAUCUCGAAGCUGGAUGGCGUGAAGCUGAUCCGGAGCAACAAGAGGCUUGGAGUCAUCCGAGGUCGGAUGCUAGGAGCUGCACGGGCAACUGGAGAUGUGCUCGUCUUCAUGGAUUCACACUGCGAGUGUCAGAAGGGCUGGCUGGAGCCACUCCUGGCAAGGCUGUCCAGCAACCGAAACAGUGUCGUCUCCCCUAUCAUAGAUGUCAUAGACUGGAAGACUUUUCAGUACUAUCACUCUGUGAGCCUGCAUCGAGGUGUUUUUGAUUGGAAACUAGAUUUUCACUGGGAACCAGUGCCAGAGCAUGAAGAGAAGGUACGACAGUCUCCCACCAGCCCUAUCAGGAGUCCUGCAGUAGCUGGUGCAGUAGUUGCCAUGGAUCGACAUUACUUCCAAAACAUUGGAGCUUAUGAUUCUGACAUGACCAUGUGGGGAGCAGAAAAUCUAGAGCUGUCUAUAAGGACCUGGCUCUGUGGUGGCUCUGUAGAAAUCAUUCCAUGCUCCCGUGUUGGGCACGUCUAUCGAAAUCAUAUUCCCCAUGCUUUCUCCUAUGAAGAGGCCAUUGUGAGGAACAAAAUCCGAAUAGCAGAGACUUGGCUGGGUUCUUUCAAAGAGAACUUCUACAAGAAUGACACAGUGGCUUUCCUAAUCAGCAAGCAAACAGAGCAAUAUCCUUUUUUGCCCUGUGCUUUCUCCAUGAAGGCAGAGAAACCAGACUGCAGUGAGCGUCUUCAGCUACAGAAGAGACUGGGCUGUAGAAGUUUCCAGUGGUUUAUAACAAAUGUGUACCCUGAGCUCUCCCAGCCUGAAGACACACCAAGAUUAUCUGGCAAGCUUUACAAUACUGGUGCUGGCUUCUGUGCAGAUUACAGACCUGGAAGGGCUUUGGCAGAUGGCUCUAUCAAACUCUCUCCUUGCAGUAACAGCCUCACCCAGCACUUUGAAUAUAACAGCAUGAAGGAAAUCCGUCUUGGGUCUGUUCCACUGUUUUGCCUUGAUGUCAGACACGGGAAGGUUAUCCCCCAAAACUGCACAAAGGAAACAGAUAACAGUGAGCAGCACUGGGACGUCCAGGAGAACGGAAUGAUUGUCCAUGUCCUUUCUGGCAAAUGCAUAGAAGCAGUGAAGAGUGAAGAUGAGAAGGACUUGUUUUUGUCCGUAUGUAACAAGAACACAAAUCAGCUGUGGCAAUUUGAACAUUCCCAAGGGCUACAUCAGAGAUAACUGCCAGGUCUGUGGGAAGAUCAAGUCCCCAAAAUCUAGCAUUAUUUCUCCUUGCGAUUCAAGAUAUGAGCGUUUACUACAAGGAAAAGAAAGAUGUUUGUGUUUGCUGUAGUAUACAAGGAAGCUCGGAAGGCCCUCCCUCAAAAGCCUGGCUCAAAGAGUUGCUGCUGGUUCCUGGCUUUUCAGCUCUAGCUAAAAUUUCCAUUAUUCUGUAUAAAAGGAAUAAAGAUACUGUGAGCAUCAAUAGGUUCUCAACUCUGCUACUGCAGAAAACAGUUCAGUUUACCAUUUGAAGGAAAUGUGUGAAACUGGCUGCCAGACAGCUUGUCUUCCAGCCUGUUCUGUGACAUCUGAGGAUACAGGAAAAUGAAUGUUAGGGAAACACUUGAAACUGUAAGAGGACAUCAGCCAAACAGGAGGGGAAUUUAAUCCAGUUGUACAGUGCACUCGACUCAUAUGAAACAAAGUAAGUUUUAUAUGUAUUAAAGCAGUAGAUGCUUUCAUGUGUAAUAGCUAAAAUCUUGUUUUCCAGCCUGAGCCAGAUUUCUAUCACCCGCAAGACAGCACAAUUCAUAAAUUAGUACUUAAUUAGGCACUAACUGCUUUAAUUGCUUUGGAAUACCAACAGUCCACAGAGUUUGGCACACUCUUCCUUAUAUCCUUCUUCCAGAGUCUAACUGGAUGGGAUAAUGAGACUGAAUUAUUAACAACUUUUUUGUUUCAGUUUUCAUGAAAACUAAGAACAACUUUUAGAAAAACUUUUGUGGAAUAUAGAAGAAAACUGAAGCAGAUUUGAGAGUAGACUGGCAGCUCCCCUGCUUAUUGUGAAACUGAAAGUAUCGGUGACAUUCAUUUGUUCUUAUAAAGCUUUGGGAUGAGCUCAUUAUUACUGCAGUGACAAAAGUGCUGGUUGGAAAAAGCAAAAGAAAAGAAAUGACAGGUUUCAACACUGGCUAUCUAGAAAGAAAAUACUGAUGUCUGCUUCUACUCACUUGCUUCCCACUGUACUAAAUAAGUCUUCUACACUGUGACUUUUAGCCAUGAAGAUCUUUUAGAUGGGUCUCCCAGCUGAUCUGCAAAAGGUAACAACAUUUUCUAAAGAAGCUUCUUCUGUAGGGCCUGCAUCCCCACUGACCCCUCGUGCCUCACAGAGGUGGCUGAGAGUUCAUUUCAGGUAAUGAGAAUGGUCUCAGUAUGCACUAGCAAAGCAAUUUCUAUCCAUAUUUUGUCAGGGCAUUUGCAAUUUUGGAGUUAAAACAAGCAAUGAUGACAAUUUCCAAGAGCCUUGUAGGACAGAAGAAUGAAGAUCUGGGAGUUUUCCCAUGUCGGCUCCACACUUGAUUUAUUGCAUAAAGCAAUCAUAUAUACACAUAUUUAUUAAGGGGAAAGGACAUUGUUAAUGAAACCUGAUGUUGAUUUUUUUUUCAAGAGACGGAAAGAAAAUCACUUUCUUAUAAAAUGUACAGCAUAUUGUGUGAGCUCCAGACAAAGGAAGGAACCAUACUCAGCUCAGAGUAUUCCAGUCCCCGGCUCUUGGUUAACUGUAAUACAUUUGUUUCAAGCGUACAAAAUUGACUACAACAGAAGACAUGAGCAGCAUCCUGUGUUACGUUGUCCAAAAAAUUCCCCACUGAGGUCCCUCCUUGGUUUGAAUACUGCAGUUGCCACAUCAUGUUCAGGCGCCACUCCAACCACUCUAAUUACCACGCAUGCUUUCUUUGCUAGCAUCAGAACCCAAUGCCAUUUGCUGCUAUGUCAUUUAAAAUUCCCCGUGACACUCCUGAAGAUGCUUCAGUUUUUAACUGAAAGGAUGGUAACAGAACAAGCGAUAUAUGAUCACUGCCAGGUCUACGGUGAGAAAAGACACUCUCUAAAAUCACAGAAAAGUUGAGUGAAAUGCUGUUUUAAUGAAAUGUGAUUCCUUUUUUUUUUUUUUUUUAAUUAUGACAGAUUUUUUAAUUAUGUAUUAUUUAUUCUAUUUUGGACUCUACACUGGGAAUGUCAUUCCUUCAGCAUUUUGUUUUGUGUUUCAAAAGUGUUUGUACAAAUAUAACUGAUCACAAGUGGAAUUUAUCAUCAUGAGAAUGAAAAUACUUUUGUUUAGAGAGGAAAAGUUUGGCAUAAAAUUUAAAAGCUGUGGAGAUCCUCAUCUAAUACUACUUUUUAACAGAAUUAUAAAAGCCUAGAAAAUAACGUUUGCUGUAGAUAUGUGUACAAUAGAAAAAUGUUACAUCAUAUCUCUUCCAACAAUAAAAUUAAAACAUAUUGUGCCAAAUGA